AUGUAUUCGGCUCUCUCCUUUGUUCGACGUAGUGUCUGUUCUAGUCUUUGUAUCGGCUAUGAGCGCCAUGAAACCACGAAUGCGACUCUGGAGAGAGGCAUCAGAAGAGAUCCAGAUGUACAGAGUAUCAUCAACAAUGCUUUCAUCGCUGGUUUGGGCAAAGUGACGCAGCUAAACCGUGUACAGAAUUGUCUUGUGCCUGCAGUAAGCUGUCUGAAAAAUGCGGGUGUUUCAUACAAGGCUGUGACAGGGUGGUAUCAUGCAGGUGUUGUCAAGGAGAUACACGGCGCAGUAAAUGAGGUCAAGCAGCUGCAUGCAAUAGGUGCUAAGGCAGCUGACCGCGAUUCAAGACGAAGGAUCAUGUACAUGAAUCGGGUCUUGCUUGGUUUGGUUUGGUUGUCACAGAGAAAGACUGCCAAGGUUGGGUGUCAGUCAGUGGAUUCUAAGCGGGCGUCAAAUCUCGACUGA